ACUUCAUCAUUUGGUUGUAACUCCUGCUGCAGACAAGUCAAAAACCUAGUGCUAAAACCAUGAAGAUCUAUCUGAUCGCAGCCUUGUUCCUGGGUGCCCUUGUGGUGGCUCAUUCGUUUGAGGAAGACGAAAAGGUUGAGCUCCCUGAGGUACCUGAACAAGAAGAACAAUCUGACGAGGAAAUAAACGCUCCUCCAGCUACCGAGGGAGACGCUCAAGAAUCUGAAGAUGAAGUUGCAGAGAAGAGAGCUCUUAGGAAUGUCUUGAGCUCUUACAGUUGUCUUCAGCUGAAAAAACGACGAUAUUGUAGGCAUGCAAUCAUCAGGAACCUUUGCGCUGCCACCUGCGGUAUCUGCAGAGACAGUUUGUCAAGAGUCAGUUGCCUUAGAAUAAGAAAUCUGAAGAAGUGUAACUACGCCAUUGCACGUCUUUAUUGCCGUCGUACAUGUAGUCAUUGUUCAAACGUUAACGAUCCCUGCAGAAAGUAUGCUGUCCUAAACCAACGGAACCGAAGACAGUCCCUACCCAGGGGAAAUGCACGGGCGAUUUGCGACCAGAAAGGCUUUAUCACCCGUUGGUAUCGAUUCACGGGUCUUGCUGGUAACAGAAUGCCAACCAGUGCUCCACCUAAAAAUCGCUGUGGUACCCAUGCUACUGGUUGGAUGGUGGGAAGUUAUCCAGCAAUUAGAGGCCAGACAGUCGUCCGUAAAGUGUGUUAUCACUGGGGGAAAAGCAAAUGCCAAUGGAAUAACCCCAUCAAAGUCAAGAACUGCGGUCGAUACUAUGUGUUCUACCUACGCCCGACCCCAGUAUGUCAUCUUCGUUACUGUGGCAACGCAUAAACAAGCAAAAGAUGUGAACUGGAGCUCGACAAUGGAAAGACUUGCGGAUACAAACAAGAAUCAUAAAUGGGCUACGAAUAAAAAUCUCUCAACCCUCACUAGAAUAGUUUUUAAAGAGCAUUUAGGAAUAUUUUUCCCCGCGUUGUACUUGAGUUAAAAUUAAAGAUGUUUAUUCAUAA